AUGUCAGAUUUUGUGAAAAUCAGUAAAGCAAAUUUGGACAUGAUGAAGGAAAUCAAAGAAAUGAGUGGACUGACCUUGAGUAUUUUAGAAAAAUCUCAUGAAUUGCAGAAGGGAAUUAUGGCUGAACACAAUGCAAAGAUGGAUAUGUUGAUUAAUAGAUUGGAUAGACAAGAAUGGUUCAUGAAGAAGAUGGCUCAAAUGCUGUUUGGUGAAUCUUUUGGAAAGUUUGGAGAUUUUGGAAGCUACCCACAGGGUACUGCUGGUACUAGCAAUGAAAAGGCUGUUGGACCAAUUGGAGUAAAAAUUUCUAAAGUGGAAGAAGAAGAAGAGGAGCAUGUAGAAGCUGCUGAAAAGGUACAAGAAGAAAGUAAGCUAGCUGAGGUUGAAGAAGUAGAGAAAAAUGACGAGAAAGAAAAAUCUGCAGAAGAGGCAUCAGAAGCAGAACAAGAACCUGACAAAGAGAAAUCAAGAGAAUCCUCCUCAUCUCAUACUAAAAGCAACAGCAGCGGUGACAAUGGAAAAAGUGAAGGCAGAAAUGGUUCAAGGCAAGAAGAGGAGAAGGAAGAGCAGUCACAAGACCCAUCCUCUGAACAACCAAAUACUGUUCCUAAUGCCUAUCAACCAGUACCUGAAUCAACCAUCUCUUUACCCAUGCAAUACGGACCUAGAAGAACCAAAGCACAAGCCAGAAAAUCAGUUCUACCCAUUCCUCCAAAAAUCCAAGUAACCAUACCUGAAAAAGAACCCCCAAAGAAGAAGAAACAAGCCAAACUUGUUGAUCCCACUCACCUUAGGAGAAGUGGUAGAAUUCUUUGCAGCAAAGAAAAAUUUUGA